CCAUUUCCAACCAUCUCUCCCCUCAACCAAAAAAAAAAAAAAAAAAAAACCCUCUACAAUUCCAGCUCAUCAAAACAUGGCGGCGGAGAGACCACCACACCCGGUGACAAUCCUCGACCCUCCGCCGCCGCCGCCGCAACGAAAACUCCCAAACUUCCUCCUCUCGGUCCGCCUCAAGUACGUGAAACUCGGGUACCACUACCUCAUCUCCAACGCCAUGUACCUCCUCCUGGUCCCCGUCCUCGCCGUCUCCUCGGCCCACUUAUCCACCCUCUCGGCCCAAGACCUCCUCCGCCUCUGGGCCCAGCUCCGCUUCCACACCGUCUCCGUCGCCCUCUGCUCGGGCCUCCUCAUCUUCCUCGCCACCCUCUACUUCACCAGCCGGCCCAGGAAGACCUACCUCGUGGACUUCGCCUGCUACAAGCCCGGCCCAGAGCGCGAGUGCACGCGCGAGAUCUUCUACGAGCGCUCCAUCCUCGCCGACAAGUUCACGGGCGACAACGUGGCGUUCCAGAAGAAGAUCCUCGAGCGGUCAGGGCUCGGGCAGAAGACGUACCUGCCCGAGGCCGUCAUGGCGGUCCCACCCAAUCCCAACAUGGACAUGGCCAGAAAAGAGGCCGAGGCCGUCAUGUUCACCGCCAUCGACGAGCUCUUGGAGAAGACCGGGGUCAAAGCUAAAGAUAUUGGGAUCUUGAUUGUCAACUGCAGCUUGUUCAAUCCGACGCCGUCUUUGUCCGCCAUGGUGGUGAAUCAUUACAAGCUGAGGGGGAACGUGAUGAGUUAUAAUCUCGGCGGGAUGGGGUGUAGCGCGGGGCUUAUCUCCAUCGAUCUCGCCAAGCAGUUGUUGCAGGUACAUCCGAACUCGUACGCCCUCGUGGUGAGCAUGGAAAACAUCACCUUAAACUGGUACUUCGGCAACGACCGCUCCAUGCUGGUCUCCAACUGCCUCUUCCGCAUGGGCGGCGCCGCCAUCCUCCUCUCCAACCGCUCCUCCGACCGCCGCCGCUCCAAGUACCAGCUCAUCCACACCGUCCGCACCCACAAGGGCGCCGACGACCGCUCCUACAGCUGCGUCUUCCAGAAGGAGGACGACACCGGCCGCGUCGGCGUCUCCCUAUCCAAGGACCUCAUGGCCGUCGCCGGUGAGGCCCUCAAGACCAACAUCACCACCCUCGGCCCGCUCGUCCUCCCCAUGUCCGAGCAGCUCCUCUUUUUCGUCACCCUCGUCGCCCGGAAGGUCUUUCAGGUUCGGAAAAAAAAAGUGAAGAAGAUAAAGCCGUAUAUCCCGGACUUCAAGCUGGCGUUCGAGCACUUCUGCAUCCACGCCGGCGGGAGGGCGGUGCUGGACGAGCUGGAGAAGAACCUGGAGCUGACGGACUGGCACAUGGAGCCGUCGAGGAUGACGCUGCACCGGUUCGGGAACACGUCGAGCAGCUCGCUGUGGUACGAGCUGGCGUACAGCGAGGCGAAGGGGAGGAUCAGGCGAGGUGACCGGACGUGGCAGAUCGCGUUCGGGUCGGGUUUUAAGUGUAACAGUGCGGUAUGGCGGGCGCUGCGGACGGUUGACCCGGCGAAGGAGAAGAACCCGUGGAUGGAUGAGAUUGGGGAGUAUCCUGUUCAUGUGCCCAAGGUGUCUUCCGUUAUGAACAAGGAUAAAUAAGUAGUAAUUAAUGGUGUUUCGGUUCGAUUAAUAUUCAUUUUUCUACAUAAAUUUGUACGUGGGCGGGUGGGAAAACCCUGUUGUUGGAGCUGGAUGUGUUAUGGCCCAUUUGUAUUAAUGGAAGUGUUCAUGAUCAUGUAUGAUGAUAACUGGCAUCAAAGGAGAUAAAAUUAGUACGAUUAAUUUCAUGACUAUGAUUGGAAUUCUGUGGUUGUAUCUAUAUCAUUCUCUUAUCAUUCUGUGAUU